AAUAUUAUUUCCCGGUUACUGUUUUUAAAAUAUAAUCAAAAUAUUUCACAUGUAAUUAUAGAAAAGUAUAUAAAAACAACUUUAGCUUUGUCUUUUUCCUUUUUAUAUGACAAAAUGAGCGACGACAGUGUAACUAUAAUGGAAGUCGAUGACACUGAAUCGACACAAAAUAAGCCUGUUAAAAGUUCUAAAAGCACAUCACACUUACCUUGGAUCGAGAAAUACCGGCCUCAAGUAUUCACUGAUAUUGUUGGAAACGAAGACACAGUGUCUCGGUUGGCGGUUUUCGCGCGGGCCGGCAAUGCUCCUAACAUUAUAAUUGCUGGACCGCCUGGUGUCGGAAAGACUACUACAAUUCUCUGCCUGGCUCGGGCACUGCUCGGUGCUUCGUUUAAGGAUGCUGUACUCGAGCUCAAUGCAUCCAACGAUAGGGGUAUAGAUGUUGUACGCAAUAAGAUAAAAAUGUUUGCGCAACAAAAGGUGACACUGCCACCGGGCCGUCAUAAAAUAGUAAUACUAGAUGAGGCAGACAGCAUGACGGAGGGAGCCCAGCAAGCUCUCCGCCGGACCAUGGAGCUGUACUCGAGCACCACACGGUUUGCACUCGCAGCCAACAACAGUGAAAAAAUUAUUGAGCCGAUACAGUCACGGUGUGCUGUGCUGCGGUACUCACGACUCACAGAUGCACAGAUACUUGCCAAGGUACUAGAAGUAUGCCAGAAAGAGAAUCUGUCAUAUACAGAGGAAGGUGUGAGUGCUGUGGUGUUCACAGCCCAGGGUGACCUGCGCUCUGCCCUCAACAACCUGCAGUCCACAGCGCAGGGUUUCAACCACAUCAGUCCUGACAAUGUGUUCAAAGUGUGUGAUGAACCACACCCAUUACUCGUUAAGACGAUGCUGGAAGCUUGCACUAAACAGGAUAUACACGCUGCUUAUAAGGUAAUAGCUAACCUAUGCAAGUUGGGUUACGCCGCAGAAGACAUCGUGAGUAACAUAUUCCGUGUUUGUAAGACCCUGGACAUAUCUGAAGACUUAAAGCUGUCGUUCAUCCGCGAGAUCGGUCUGACGCACAUGCGCGUGUCGGAGGGGCUGUCGUCUCCGCUGCAGCUGGCCGGGCUGCUCGCGCGGAUGUGUCGCGCCGCCGCCGGGUUCGAGCCCGACUGGUGACACGCUCUUCUCUUCUCUUCUCCAGAAAUAUAUUGUUACUACAAACGUACCCACUGUGCCUAAAACUUCAUUAAGGUUGUUAUUAUGGUCUUAUGAGGGACUAGAUGUACCCGCGACUUCGUCCGCG